AUGGGUGAUGAUGGAGAUACCUGCAACGAUCGCAGCUUUGUAACUUCAAGAGUGUUGCGGCCCUUGUGGGCGGUGCCAGUGUCCAAGCAUCGUGUUGCAAGCACGCUGACGAAUGACGUGACAACUGCUGUCUUGAAUUUGAAAAAGGUUAGCCCUGGCGUAAAGAAGUCUAAUCGCGGAGGCUGGCACUCCAACACAUCUGUCUUGGAUGCGCUCCCAUUGUCCGUAGCACGCAAGCUUCGCCUUAUCCUCCUAGGUGCAGGAGGCCAGUAUAUCAGCCACGUCACACGGGCUGUUUCAGAGGCUGGUGGCCAGCGUCUGUUUGGCGACUUGCAGCUUGAUCUGCUGGGACUUUGGGCAAAUGUGAACGGAAGAGGAGACAGCAACGUCGCACACAUCCAUCCUGGAUUGCUCUCUGGCGUGCUCUAUUUGCAAGCCGGUCGUGAUGAAGGUGCGACCAUCUGCUUCAGUGAUCCGCGGGGAGCACCUGCAGAGUCUGCAGAGGCAGAGGGUGAACUGGAUGGUUCGAAGGAAUGCAAUUCUUUUGAAACCUUCACGGGUGUAGUGGGCCUUCAGGGACUACGAGCACGAGACCUUCUGAUCUUCCCGUCCUGGCUCCAGCACCAUGUACCUCCACACAGAGGCACCACUCCGCGCGUCAGCCUUUCCUUCAACCUCAAAGUCAGCCUUGUGGGCGGGAAGGGUGAUUUGAGGUUCUUGGCCAACGACACCGUCUUGGGCGCGAGCGGUUCGGAUGUGAGCUUCGUAAGGAUGAUGGAGUUGUUUCAAAACAAUCUCUCACAGCAUGUUGAAGAACAAGGCUGCCCAAACUUGCCAACCUUUCGCUCGGAAAGCCCACGCCGUGACCGACCACCCGACGAAGUGGCCUCCUGGAUCAGAUCUUCCAGAGUGGCAUUUCGUUGGCUUUGUGCUAGAGCUGCCGGAGACGCGUCAAGAAUGCCCACACUGCUUCAACAUGAUCCUCAAGGCUCCGUCUCUCUCCUGACCCUGCCGUCAGGCUUUGUGCAAGUUGCCCGAACUCGCCGCCCGGUGUUAUCUCCCGCCGCUGCGGUAUCGGGGAUCCAUGUGCUGGAAGGCCGAGUCGUCUUGUGGCUUUUUGAUCCAAGGGUCGUGGUGGAAGCUGUGGCAGCUGCUGAUCCGGUGGCACGGAAGUUGUUCGGCCAGAAGAUCGCGCUGGACAUGCCUGCAGGUUCUGUGGCCGUCUUCCCAGCCAUUGUGUUUUCGUCUUUGGAAGUCAAGGAUGCUUCGGCGCUGUUGUCCUUCCUCUUGGAGUGA